AUGGAAGCAAGGAAAGUGAUAGUAUGCGGACUCCCUGCAAAAGGAGUGAGACCUGUGGUUCCCCAAGAUCCACGAGAAGAUGCAUGUGAUGAUGUGAAGGAGAUCACAAGAGCAGAGUACCGGAGAUCACAAGGGUUCAGUCUUGUGCGCCUUGAGGAAGACGAAGACAUCGAACCAGGGUACCGUGAAGCCAUCAAAAGGAUGAUAAAGGAGGAGAAAAAGCUUGCACGUGGAGAUUCUUCCCGUGGAAUGGGGGGGGAUAUUUAUGAAAAUCUUGUCAUCGAUUAUGAAGAGCAACAAGAAACAAGGAGGGAAAGGAAGAAAAGAGUUUUUAUUGAAAGAGAGCGAGAAGCCGGCCACAACAACUUGUGGAAUGAUUAUUUCGCUCAAGAUGCAACAUAUCCGGCAAAUAUUUUCCGGCGACGUUUUAGAAUGAACAGACCACUGUUCUUGCGUAUUGUUGAUCGGCUUUCCAAUGAAAUUCUUUAUUUUCAACAAAGGGUUGAUGCUACCGGAAGGUCCGGUUUAUCUGCACUUCAAAAGUGCACUGCAGCAAUUCGUCUCUUGGCAUAUGGCACUGCUCUUGAUACGGUUGAUGAAUAUCUACGUCUCGGUGCAACUACUGCUCGAAAAUGUUUAGAACAUUUUGUGGAAGGAAUAAUUACUCUCUUUGGUGAUGAGUAUCUAAGACGACCAACCGCGGAUGAUCUUCAAAGACUACUUGCUAGUGGAGAGUCGAGAGGAUUUCCCGGGAUGAUAGGCAGCAUAGAUUGUAUGCAUUGGGAGUGGAAGAAUUAUCCCACAGCAUGGAAAAGACAAUAUUCCCGUGGUACUGCGAAACCCACUAUCGUUUUAGAGGCCGUAGCCUCAUAUGAUUUAUGGAUAUGGCAUGCAUUUUUUGGACCUCCAGGUACGUUAAACGAUCUAAAUGUGCUUGAUCGGUCACCUGUAUUUGAUGAUAUCAUAAACGGUCAUGCCCCACAAGUAACCUUUUCAGUCAACGAAAGGGAGUACCAUUUGGCUUACUAUCUCACAGAUGGUAUCUAUCCAAAAUGGGCUACAUUUGUCCAAUCUAUUAAACUUCCCCAGGGUCCAAAGGCAUCAUGUUUUGCUACCACACAAGAAGGUGUCCGAAAAGAUGUUGAGCGUGCUUUUGGAGUCUUACAAGCUCGAUUUGCUAUUAUUAGAAAUCCGGCUCUUAGUUGGGACAAAGAGAAAAUUGGGAAGAUUAUGAAAGCAUGCAUCAUUCUACACAACAUGAUAGUAGAGGAUGAACGAGAUGGGUACAGUCUUCAAAAUGUUUCGGAAUUCCAACAAGGAGAAAGAAGCGGAAAUGCACAAGUGGAUCUAUCAUAUUCUACCGACAGGGUUUCAAAUAUCGCUGAUAUGUUUGUUAGACGGACUAGUGUUCGGGACCAACGAAUGCAUGCACAAUUGAAAAAGGAUUUGGUUGAGCAUAUCUGGCAAAAAUUUAGAAGUUUUUAUAGCUAA